AAAGGAUCGGAGCGGGGAAAGGCAAACUCCUGAGGACAAACAAGAGAGUUAGCAAACAUGUGGGAGCAGGGCGAGCCGAUGUCUGUUAACCAGCUGAUCGUCCACCCAGACAGAGCGGAGAGUGAAAAAAGGAGGGGAGCAGAGGGAGGAGUGACUACUGAUGCUCCAGUAAUCUGUGCCGUGUGAGUCAGUGCUGUUUAGAGCAGAGCGGCAACAGAAGCAGCUGCAGCGGUGUGAGGCACGUUUCUCUCUCACGAACGUCAACAAAGCAGAAGAGCAGGAUGGGAAAUCUAAGCGGCUAAGCAAGAGGAGGAAGUGAGACAGCAAACAGACGAGGCAAAAGAAGAGGAAGAGAAUCAAAAACACAGAUCGUGCACUCGUGUUUGGCUUUCUUUUCUUUUCUUUUCUUGCGGCACUCCAAGAUAAACUGCCAGUUUCGUUGACAGCAGUAGUAAUCGAAACAGAGGAAGAGGAAGGUCACUAUUAAUUCUUAGAAGUGUCGUCACGCUCAGGACUGAACGUGUCGCAAGGAUGUCCUGGUUGUCGCCGGUCCAGUGGGCGAAAUGGACGUGGUCAGCAGUGACUGGAGGUUCAGCUGAUGAUGGGCAGCCCGCAGCGAAGAAUAACAGAGAAGAAAUUUCGGACUCCGAGGGGACCUUCGAGACUCCAGAGGCCGAGUCUCCGAGUGUUGUGAAGCUGCUGGGCCAACUGGACAACUCCAGCCACACGGUUUUUCCUGAUGUCACAAACCACAUUCUGAAUACAGUCUCCAGCCAGGAUCUUGGUACCGCUCCAUCCCAAGAGGUCGAUUCUCUGAACAACCUUACCAGCUCCUCGCCUGACAACAGCGGGUUCAGUUUGGAUCAGAACCUUAAUUUGACCCUCAGUAACAAACCGGGUCCCGAAGUGGUCAUUUCCCCAUCAAAGACUCUUCCACAAUCUGCCCGGCCUCCAUCGCUGUCUGUCGUCUCUCCGCUGAACAAACCCGAUCCCUCCGAGGUGGAUGACGAGGCUCCGGUGACGUCCGACUCAAGCCCGGAUUCAAACUUGACUCUCAGUCAUGACAUUAGUGUGGAUUCUGAUUUGCUCAAUGGCAACAUGGACUCUGACAUUUCGCUGUCAAGCACAAAACUGAGCUGCGAGCCCAAAGGGUCAAUUAUCACGAACUCCUGCAAAGUAAAGCAGAACCAGCCAAUCCAGAACGACUUUAACGGACAGGAUGACCAUCAUGGAGGCCACGCCACAGACGAGGAGAAACUGGCGAGCAGCGUUGGGGUCAAACCAGAAAAGGACCAGAACAUCCAAGACUGCCAGGUGACAUCUAAACCUGAGGCAUCAGACUGCUGCUCUGUGCAGUAUGAAGACACGUGCAAAUUGAAGAACAAGUCGGGGGGAAGUGAGAUGCAGAAAACGGGAAGUCAGGUCCUGGAUUCCAUCUGCAUCAGUGAGGCAGAAAAACAGGCUGUUCUCACCCUUAUCCGAGAGGAGAUCAUCACUAAGGAGGCUGAAGUCAGUGACUGGAGGAAAAAGUAUGAAGACUGCAGGAAAGAAGUUGAUGAGAUGAGAAAGAUUGUUGCAGAAUAUGAGAAGACAAUCGCUCAGAUGAUUGAGGACGAGCAGCGCAACACUGUGAGUGCCCAGAAGGCUUUGCACGCAGUGACGAUGGAGAAAGACGCCGCUCUGGCAGACCUGAACUCAGUGGAGCGCUCGCUUUCUGACGUCUUUCGCCGUUACGAAAAUAUGAAGAGCACCCUGGAGGGCUUUAAGAAAAAUGAAGAGGUGUUGAAGAAGUGUGCACAAGAGUAUCUGGCCAGAGUCAAGCAGGAGGAGCAGAGAUACCAAACACUAAAGCUGCAUGCAGAGGAGAAACUGGACAAAGCUAAUGAGGAGAUUGCUCAGGUGCGUGCAAAGGCGAGCGCAGAAAACAUGGCGAUGACCGCCAGCCUGAGGAAGGAACAGAUGAAGAACGAGUCUCUGGAACAAGCCCUGCAGCAGAAGAAUCAAGAGAUCGAAGAACUGACAAAAAUCUGUGACGAGCUGAUUGCCAAAAUGGGAAAAACAGACUGAGGAUUUCUUUAUGGGAAUCAACCAUGAUUGUCCGUUCCUCUGGCCCCGUGCAUGCAUUCAGCCCUGAAGCAGUUCUUAUACCCUGUGCCUGCCCUGCAUCUCAGAGCCUGCUUAUGUACAGACGUCUAAAGUAACUUCUUGUAUACUACGAUUGCACUACAUGUGACAGGAACCAAGAACGCUCUAUACAUUUUAAUUACGUGUGAUUAUCUUAGUUUGUUUUGACUUUGUGCCCAUUUUGAGGCCAUCUGGAGCCCUUGUGCUUUUGUCAAUCAUUCCAGUGAACAACAGCUCGCUUGUGACUCAACUUAAUUUUCCCAGCAGCUUAACCGCUAAAUUCCCAGCAUCUCCUCAUGCAGGGUGACAUCAGAUUUAAUCUAGGUCGAGAUUUGUUUUAAGUUACAUUUCAGCUCGGUUUUGUAGAAGGAAUAUUUUCUAUUAAAGAAGCAGUCUAUAAAAUGUAUUUUUCUAUGAAGCAAACGUGGGUUUUAUGCUCACCGAGGAAGGCUCAGGGGUAUUUUGUCGGGGUUGAAUGAGGUCAAGGUUAAAGUCAAGCUGCACAAAACGGGAAGAAAGGGGUUUAGGAUCAUUUGAGGAAGUAGAGCAGCCCACAGAAGCUUUUGUUUGUUUGUUCAGUUAUGAUAUUGAAAGCAAGCUGCACAUAAUUAAUAUCAUUUGUGUAAACUGAUUCAGACGGCGGCACAUUUGGGAUGCUGGACAAUUCAAAAAGCAGCAGAAUAUUAAUCAGUCACUUUAUAUGUAAAAAAAAAUAACCUGACAAUCACAUAAACAUUGAUGGCUUCAUCCUGUGUGCAUAAACACAAAACUAACUGGUGUUAAUGAUCGCGAACAGCUGGAAAAGAGAAAAACAGUCACUCUGUAUGUCAGCUGAAGGCUAAAGGCUAUUAUAUGAUUUUAAGUGCUGCUGUACUGUCUGUCAACAGUUUUUGUUUAACUGUCAGUAUGUCACCGAUUGCUCACUAAUUCACAUUUAUCUCUCAGACUUUGACACCUUUGCAUUUUUUUUCCAUUGCUUAUGUGGGAUGAUGAACAUGUGAGCCUUAUUGCUUGUGUUUACAGCAGUACACUAGUAAUGCAACAGAAAAAUAUCAGUUUAUUGCAUGUUUACUUUCACAUCUUUGCAUUUUUCAGAAUGCACACUGUUUUUCCUUAGCACACCAACAAAAACUAGAUCGGCACAGUGCCGCAACAACAGUAAAAUUGGUGCAUAUUAUACCGAAAAAAAGUUUUCUCUUUUAGAAAAACAAAAGAAAUGUGUGAAAAGAUCAAAGCUCAUUCAGGUUUUAUCAUAAACUAAAAAUAUAAGCCUUUCAUUUUGGUGUUGGUACUUUUUGGUCAGUCACUACUGUAACUUAAUGUCAGAUAACUUAACUGGCUUUGUAACUUUAGCCCCUUUAAUUAUUUAAAUAUAUAUUUGUGAAUUAGAAAUGACGAUCUCACUCCUGUGUGGAAGCGACUUGAGCGUUUGUACAUCCUUCCUGAAUAAACCUAAAUAUAAUUU